UUUGCUGCUUUUUAUGAUUUCAUUCAAGCCUUAUGCAUGUAUUCAUUGAUGUUUUAGAUGUAAUUUAUACAGUUCUUGGUGGACAGUCAGUGAAGCUCCUUUCUUUCCAAACUCUUGACAGAAAACAUGGCCCUGGAUUAACUGUCAUACGCGCAGCCAGGGCUUUAUUUCUGUAUGAUUUGUGUGAUAUGUUAUAUGCGUCUUCAAAUGUAAACACUUUGUGCGCAGACACACUUGUGUACCUCUUUAAGCAUUUAGAUAAAAGAAAUGCGCUGAUAUACAAUGUUGCAAUUCAAAGCUGCGUGUCAAUACCUACAUAGCAUCCUAGACUCAUUCUAAACAAUGAAAUCCAGUCACUGUUUGGGACAUCGGAUCGAAAGUUACAUGCUAUGCAAACACGAGUGCAUUCUUAUGUUCAUAACGCGUUUGCCAUGUUCAUAAAUGCGGUCUGGUAGUAUGCUGUCUAGUAGCCCUUUAGUUUUUGAUACGCAACAAAUGUUGCAGAGGGGCAGAUAUGAGAUGUCAAAUCUGGAGAGUUGAUCGUUAUCGUGUUUAUAAAUGCAAAUGGACCUUUUCCACGAGAUAAAGAUGCAAAAGCGCAUGAAGGUGUGACUGGGUCAAGAUAGAGACAAAUCCUGACUUUUUUUGUCUGCCUUCGGCACAAAGAAAGGAGCUCAUGGUUUUCACCAUUGACUUGUUGUAUUGCACUAUUAGUGGCAUGUCAUGCUUGGAACAUAACUGAGCUUGUUUGGGCUUGUGAAAUGUGUUUAAAGAAGAAAAUAGGUGGAAAAAAAUUCUUCUGGAUGUUCAGCCUGUCUCUUGGGUAUUGGAGAGUGGUUUUCUGGAUCUCCUCUGGUUUUGAGAAUGACAAGACAUGCAGUUAGAGGAAAGCGUGCUCAGCGAAUUACCAUGGAUUUUUCCCGUCUUCACACGUAUACUCCUCCUCACUGUACUCCGGAUAACACAGGCUAUACCUAUUCACUCAGUUCAAGUUACUCGUCCGCAGCCCUUGAGUUUGAGAAGGAGCACAAAAUCAAUCCUGUGUACGACUCGCCCAGAAUGUCACGGCGUAGUUUGAGACUACAGACCAGCAGUGGUUUCUAUGGUGACAACAGCCUCACUGAGCUCACUGGGAAUCACAGUGUCGGCUCCUACAAGCGGACCAGCACCACCACCACCACCAGCGGCGGCAGCAGCAGUAGCGUCAGCAGGUCUGUGCGGAGCAGGAGGCAGCAGCAGCAGGGGUCGUCCACGUACGAGUCUCAGAGCGUGAUUCAGACUCCACAGAAAGAUCAGGGCACAUCAGACCUGAGCUUCAUCAGUACAGCCAGUGAUGCGUCUCUGAUCUCCAACCUGUUGGAUCAGUCCACGCUCAGACAGAGCUCCGCCACACACACAUACUCUGUACAGAGAAGAAGAACUGCUCACAGCUCUCUGUUGGAGAAUGGAGAUGCCAGUAAAACGGAGGCACACGCUAAUCUGGCUAAUGGCUAUAUCUGUAAGGACUGCUCAUUUCACGCAGAUGGGAACGAGGAAGAAACGUCAUAUACUUUACCAUACUCCAAGUCUUCAGCGUAUCAGACAGCUACAGAUGCCACUAUGACCACCUCUCUGAACAGUGUUGACCAGACAGCGCAUGACAGCUACUGUGGCAGUGUGAAUGUGCGGGAUCUGGCGACCACAGACAGCCAUCUCAAUCUCAACGGGUCCCUCUGGAAAGCAGCGACUGGCGCCUUCUGGUGGCUGGGAACAGGAUGGUAUCAGCUGGUGGCGCUCAUGUCUCUGAUCAACGUCUUUCUUCUCACCAGGUGUCUGCCCAAACUACUGAAGCUUCUUCUGUUUCUGCUACCCUUCCUGCUGCUGUUUGGAUUAUGGUAUCUCGGUCCACCCAUCGCUCUGUCCUUCCUGCCAGCUGUAAACCUCACAGAGUUGAAAACAGCGGUCACCUCUAUCGCAUCACUUCCUGCCCUCCUUUCUCUGCCAUCUCUUCCCUCUUUACCUGCACUACCUUCUUUUACAAAAGAACCACUAGUUAAAGAAGAACACAUCCCACCUCCAGUGAUCUCACAGGCUGAGUCCAUUAACAGCGAGCGUUUGGCUCGGCUCGAGCAGCGUGUGGCAACACUGUGGGAAAGCGUCCAGCAGGGGGAGCUGAAAGCCAAGCAGCAGCACGAGGAGGCCGUGGGUUUCGUUCAGGCCCUUCAGGACCAGAUAAACACGCAAACAGACAGAGAGAGUCUCGGCCUGUGGGUCUCACAGCUCCUCGAGCCCAAGUUCACUGCGCUCAAGGGAGAGAUGGAGAGAGAGACGGUCAGCAGGGCGGAGACUGAGGAACAGCGUGUGCAGCAUCAGACGAGUCUUGAAGCUCGACUAGCUGAGCUGGAACUCCUGCUUCAGACCCUGAACUCUAGAACUGAGGAAAUCCGUCUGACACAGCAGACUCCAGUACAGGCCCCUGUCAGUGUUGGCGUAUCUCAGGAGACGCAUGCUGCUUUGCUCUCUGAGGUUCAGAGGUUGGAAGCGGAGCUGGGCCGCAUCAGAGGAGACCUGCAAGGGGUGAUGGGAUGUCAAGGGAAAUGCGACCGGCUUGACACCAUACAUGAAACGGUGUCGGCACAGGUGAGAAAAGAGUUGUAUGCUCUGUUGUACGGCCGUAAUGAGGGUGAAAUGGAGAUUCCCGAGCCCUUGCUGCCGUGGCUGGCAUCUCAGUACACACGCUCCUCUGACCUCACCGCGACCCUCAUGACCCUGGAGCGCAGCAUUCUGGGAAACCUGUCCCUUCAGCUGCAGGAGAGCAAACAGCAGCAGUCCUCCACCGAAACAAUUACACAGACUGUCGCCCACACCGCCGGGGCUGCUGGGAUGUCAGAGGAGCAAGUCCAGCUGAUUGUCCAGCAUGCGUUGAAGCUGUACUCCGAGGAUCGCACCGGUCAGGUGGACUACGCUCUGGAGUCUGGAGGUGGCAGUAUUCUCAGCACACGCUGCUCUGAGACGUACGAGACAAAGACGGCUUUGAUGAGCCUGUUUGGAAUCCCACUGUGGUACUUCUCACAGUCUCCACGUGCUGUCAUCCAGCCGGACAUGUACCCAGGAAACUGCUGGGCGUUUAAAGGCUCCCAGGGUUAUCUGGUGAUCAGGCUGUCUCUAAGUGUGAUACCUACCUCCUUCUGCCUGGAGCAUAUUCCCAAAAGCCUCUCUCCCUCCGGAAACAUCAGCAGCGCACCACGCCGAUUCUCUGUCUAUGGAUUGGAUGAUGAAUACCAGGAAGAAGGGAAACUUCUGGGUGACUACACCUAUCAGGAAGAUGGAGAAUCACUCCAGAUCUUCCCAGUUAUGGAGAAGAAUGACAAGGCCUUUCAGAUCAUUGAGAUGCGAGUGCUGUCGAACUGGGGUCAUCCCGAAUACACCUGCCUGUAUCGCUUCAGAGUUCACGGCAAACCUCACACUCAGUAAAGCCCCACUGUACAUUA